CAGUGACUGGACAGUGGACGGGCAGAAAUAUUUUGGGGAGAAAAAACGGAUCCAACAGAAUCCAGCGGUGAAACGCGGCUUAUUUUUAAUCAUACUCGACUCGAUAGACAGUCUGACUUCUUAGCGCACAGAAAGACAAUUGAUACAUUAUUAUUUACGAAUGUCAUAUUUUUGUAUUAGUUAAGAUCAAGGAACGAUCUGCCAAGAGCAACAAAUGGCAGAAAUAAGAAAAAAGCUGGUGGUUGUAGGUGACGGCGCGUGUGGAAAAACCUGCUUGCUAAUAGUGUUCAGCAAAGACGAGUUUCCUGAGGUCUACGUUCCAACUGUAUUUGACAACUAUGUGGCGGACAUUGAAGUGGACAACAAGCAAGUCCAACUAGCGCUGUGGGACACGGCUGGACAAGAGGAUUACGAUCGUCUUCGUCCGCUUUCCUAUCCGGACACUGAUGUCAUCCUGAUGUGCUUUUCCGUGGACAGCCCCGACUCCCUCGAAAAUAUUCCCGAAAAAUGGGUCCCGGAGGUAAAGCACUUUUGCCCCAACGUGCCCAUUAUUUUAGUUGCUAACAAGAGAGACUUACGCAACGACGAGAAUGUUAGGAGCGAGCUGGCCAGAAUGAAACAGGAACCAGUUAAAACCGAGGACGGGCGCGCUAUGGCUGUGCGCAUUGGUGCGUAUGACUAUUUGGAGUGUUCUGCUAAAACGAAGGACGGUAUUCGGGAGGUGUUCGACACUGCGACACGUGCUUCUUUGCAGAACAGAUCGAAAUCCACCAGCGGUUGUAUGAAAUGCUGUCUGUUGAUGUGAUUGAAUUAAGAGUGGCCCUGAGCGAUACUGUCUCUAAUUACAGUAUUGUAGUCUACGGGUCCCAACCAGCCAGAGGUGUGACCAAGUUGGCUCGUCUCCCAAUAAAGACUAGAAAAAAACAAACAGAUUCGGGAUCAUCAUCAUCAUCAUCAUCUUGAUAUAUUCUGAUUAAUGCACUAUACCUUAAUUAACUCGAAUGCAUAAUCUUGAAACAUGUAGCCGACAACUGACUACCUGUGAUCAAAAUGUAAUGAUUUAUUAGGAUGAUCAAGCAUUCAGUGCUAUCUGAACUAACGCAGUAGCCAUUUCCGAUCCUGUUCCAAAUAGGGCCCCAAGGCUAGUUGACAUGCAACCUGUGUGCUUGGAAACGAAUGGAACGUUUAGAGGUGUAUAUGCUUGCUGCAGGAAUUAGCUGCUCCAAUGAUGGCAACUGAAUUCUUUCUUGCCCAAAAUUUACCCCAUUUUAAUAUGAAUGUAGGCUAAAUGAGGCUAAUGCCUGGCUUUCAAGACCAUAUUCUAAUUACACCAAGUAUUGGAAAAUGUGUGACUGUUUCUGAAAUGUUUUUGUCAAGCUGCUCUGAAAGUGUUCGAAAAAGGCUGUCCAUCCUGUAUCAUGUGUUUUUGUGUGUGCUUAUGAUUGACAUUGAUUUCAGAUGACAGGUAUAAGUGUGAAGUGUUAAUGCAAUUGUGUCACAUACUGUAUAUGGUGGAGUUUCAAAGAGACCACCAUAGUGCAAUAUUUUUUGUCUUGCCAUUUUAAGUUUGUUUUAGUGGUUUUUAUUGUUUUGAUUUUAAAUAAUAAGUUCAUGAUCAGAACAGAGUGUCUUGACUGUGCCUGUUGAAAUACAUUUGUGUAAACCUCCACUGUAGACAUCCACUGUAAAGGCUAAAUCCACAA